GACCUACCUGAAUGUGUCCAAUCGCAACUCUUGUUUUCGUUGCAAAACGCAACUUUUUGGACUAAUGAUUACACCCUGGUGAGCAAGAGGCGGUAUUGCUUCUGAACAGACUGUUAGACCAACAAUACGAAAGCCCCGGCGGGAAUAGCCUACCUGUCAUGUUCGGCAACUAGAGAAGUCCAGUCCAUUUCAGCGCAGGCCGUUUUCAUAAAGAGACUACUAGUUUUUAGAGAUUACAUUUGCUGUAUGCCUGUAAGGGUGCUGUAGUGAACGAGAGUACACCGCCAUCUGUUACCUUAGUGCUGAGUAGGCACAAUGAUGAGCUCCGAGGCGCUCCGGCCGACACACAACUCCGGGCGCAAAGCGCUUGGUAAACUCGCCAACAGGUUAGAGGAAGUGAAGAACCCAUAUCGACAAGGCUCGACGCUCGAACUCAGCCACAACGAGGCGGCCAGGUUGGCAACAGACGCUCUGUUGGAGUCUGGGGAGAAGGAAUACAGACGAGUUCUGACAGAGGAAAGGGAAUUAAAUUUUCUCUCGCCGCUUGAGAUUCAGUAUAUUACCGAGAAUGCAGCCAAGAACUGUAGCUCCGACAACAGCUCAAAUGGCACUGAGGGGGACAUUGGGGAGGGGGAUACGGUGUCCGAGCUUACCUCGGGGACCUAUUUCCCAAUGAUGUCCGACGAAGAGCCACCUAUGCUGGAACUAGGGUGGCCAGAAAACCCCCAACGAUACGGACCCUCAGAAACACAGAUCUAUUUCCAAAGGGACAAGACUCACAAUGUGAAAGACCUCAUUCGGUCAUUAAUUAAUAAAGCAAAAAGGGUCAUAGCGUUGGUCAUGGACCUCUUCACAGACGUUGAUCUGCUGUGUGACUUGAUGGAGGCCUCGAACAAGCGCAAGGUCCCUGUGUACAUUCUCCUGGACGAGAAGAAUCUCAACUACUUUGUUGACAUGUGUGCAGCACUGGACAUCCAGAACUCUCACCUGGGUAACAUGAGAAUCCGCAGUGUGUGUGGAGACACGUACUGCACUAAAAGUGGGAAGAAAUUCACCGGGCAGGUCCAGGAAAAGUUUAUGAUUAUAGACUGUGAGGAAGUCAUCGCUGGGUCAUACAGUUUCAGCUGGCUCUCAGCGCAGGUCCACAGCAACAUGGUGAUGCACUUCUCUGGGCAGAUCACUGAGAGCUUCGACCGAGAAUUCCGCUGCCUGUACGCUGACUCUCAGAUCAUUGACUGUUUCCAUAACCCAGAUGAAGAGGGUCUCCCUUACUACCCCAACCCUGUUCCUGCGCCCAACAUGGGGCUAGACUUCUUCCCCGAGAGGUCACGGGAGAGGGUUCUGAGUUCAGAGAACUCCAGCAGCCAAUCCAGUUGCAGCAUGUCCAGCAUCAAGGCAGCACCCGGCAUGACCAAUACGGUUUACAAGGUCACUCAAGGUCAAGAAAAGAAAGAGACCAGCAACUCUCACCUGAGCCCUGAGAGGAGAGGAGGGGCACUAACUCACUCCCUUCAUAAUCAGACUGCCCAAGGCACGAGAGGCUCCCCCAAUGGGACCAAUCACAGCCCAGUUACAGAGCACCCUUCCUCUGGUAUCGGCCAAUCGGUCGGGAUAGAUUGGUCCAAGUCCAUCCCCACAGAGUUGCACCAACCAAAUGUUGGCGGAACAACGUCCAAGUUUCAGGCUCUUGGUUUAUACGACUCCAAGACACAGUCUCCAAUGCAGGACAACAAACACUCUGCCAAGCAGAGGACUACCUACAACCCCGUCCUCAACAAGCUCACCGACCUCUUCCUCCCUCCAACCAAGAAGGACCUCCUCCCCCCAACUGAGAAGGACACCUCCGUCUUCAGGAGGUCUCCUCCUCACAGUACAGCCUUUGGGGGGCCAGACCUCUCCCAGACAGAGCCGGAGAGCGAGCAGACUCCCCCUCCACCGCCCCCCAUGUUAAACCGGAAGGACCAGAAACGCAUGACCUUAGGCCACAGCAAACUAGACCUGGUCAAUCACUACAACAAGAUGAAGUCCAAACAGGUGUACAGCAGGUUUGAGUUAAAGAAUAACAACUGAGGCUCUGCUGAGGAAGUACUUUCCCUCCCCUACCCCCAUCGCACUGGACCUCCAGGAAGCAGAGCACACUUUUUUGCCUUUUGUCAAGAACAUUAUAGCGGAGGGGCAUUUUGUACCUUAAUUCCCCUUUAGGAGUUUAGAGGAGGGUACAGUACAGCCUGAAUUAGCCUGUUUACACUGAGUGAGUUGUAGUGAUAGCUUUUUAGCAUUUGCAUGUAGACAUUGAAGCUGUGGCGGCCCUGCCAAUAAGUGACAUGGCAAAUCUUGCUUAGGGCCCCCAAAAGGCUAGGGCCGGCCCUUCAUUCAAUGACUGUGUAUUGUUUUCUUAUUUCUGUGAGUGUCUUUCACUAGCGAGUAUGGUUUUAAUGAUUAAUACUGUAUGAAAUGAGUUGUAAAUGGCGUUUGACUGUUUUUUAAGAUGUGUUUUUACUUUUGAUCACACCUAUUCAUUCCAGGGUUGUUCUUUAUUUUUACUAUUUUCUACAUUGUAGAAUAAUAAUGAAGACAUCAAAACUAUGAAAUAACAUAUAUGGAAUCAUGUAGUAACCAAAAAAGUGUUAAACAAAUCAAGAUAUAUUUUAUAUUUGAGAUUCUUCAAAGUAGCCAAUCUUUGCCUUGAUGACAGCUUUGCAAACUCUUGGUAUUCUCUCAACCAGCUUCAUGAGGCAGUCACCUGGAAUGCAAUUCAAUUAACGGGUGUGCCUUGUUAAAAGUUCAUUUGUGGAAUUUCUUUCCUCCUUAAUGCGUUUGAGCCAAUCAGUUGUGUUGUGACAAUGUAGGGAUGGUAUACAGAAGAUGGCCCUAUUUGGUAAAAGACCAAGUCCAUAUUAUGGAAAGAACAGCUCAAAUAAGCAAAGAGAAAUGACUGUCCAUCAUUACUUUAAGACUUGGUCAGUCAAUGCAGAACAUUUCAAGAACUUUGAAAGUUUCACCAAGUGCAGUCGCAAAAACCAUCAAGCGCCAUGAUGAAACUGGAUCUCAUGAGGACGAGCACAGGAUAGGAAGACCCAGAGUUACUUCUGCUGCAGAGGAGAAGGACAUUAGAGUUACCAGGCUCAGAAAUUGCAGCCCAAAUAAAUGCUUCACGGAGUUCAAGUAACAGACCCAUCUUAACAUCAACUGUUCAGAGGAGACUGAAUCAGGCCUUCAUGGUUGAAUUGCUGCAAAGAAACCAAUUCUAAAGGACACCAAUAAGAAGAAAAGGUUUGCUUGGGCCAAGUAACACGAGCAAUGGACAUUAGACCGGUGGAAAUCUGUCCUUUGGUCUGAUGAGUCCAAAUUUGAGAUUGUUGGUUCCAAAUGCUGUGUCUUGGUGAAACGCAGAGUAGGUGAACAGAACAUCUCCGCAUGUGUGGUUCCCACCGUGAAGCAUGGAGGUGUGAUGGUGUGGGGGUGCUUUGCUGGUGACACUCAGUGAUUUUAUUUAGAAUUCUAGCCACUCUUAACCAUCAUGGCUAGCACAGGAUUCUGCAGCGACACACCAUCCCAUCUGGUUUGCGCUUAGUGGGACUAAAAUUAGUUUUUCAACAGGACAAUGACCCAACACACCUCCAGGCUGUGUAGGGGCUAUUUGAACUAGAAGGAGAGUGAUGGAGUGCUGCAUCAGAUGACCUGGCCUCCACAAUCACCCAAUCUCAACCCAAUUGAGAUGGUUUGGGAUGAGUUGGACCGCAGAGUGAAGGAAAAGCAGCCAAUAAGUGCUCAGCAUAUGUGGGAACUCCUUCAAGACUUGGUAAAGCAUUCCUCAUGAAGCUGGUUGAGAGAAUGCCAAGAGUGUGCAAAGGGUGGCUACUUUGAAGAAUCUUAAAUCUAAAAUACAUUUUGAUUUGUUUAACACUUUUCUGCUUACUACAUGAUUCCAUAUGUUUUAUUUCAUAGUUUUGAAGUCUUCUCUAUUAUUUUACAAUGUAGAAAAUAGUAAAAAAUAAAGAAAAAACAUUGAAUGACUGGUACUCUAUAUCUAUAAGUUUACGUUACUGUCUUUUUUUUAUACUUUAGGAUGCUUUGGUGUGCAAAUGAAAAGAGGGACUUCAUCAGUGAGGAUAUUAAUAGUGAGAUGUGCAAUGAUAUUUUGUUUCAAUAUUUAAUUUAUUUCAUUAAAAUAAUAUACCUAGACUUGAUUGAGAAAAUGAAUACCGUUUUAGACAGGGUAGCCCUACAAAAACUAUUUCCAUUCAGAAUAAUUUGACAAGAUUUUUUUAACUGGUUCUGAUGUAGUUGUUGAGCACAAUGUGAACUUUAGUUUUAACCAUCGAUCAUGUGUAAAAAGUAGACUAGCAUGUUUUUGUGUUGUGCCGGGCAUACACUACACGAAUUUCCAACAUUGCUGAGCCGCACACUUUAAACAGCUGUCCUUCCUCUAGUUUUUUGUCUUGCCAACGUAAUGUUCCGCACAGUAAACGAUGUGGGACAGACGGUGUGUGUGUGUGUGUGUGUGGGGGGGGGGGGGGUCACACACUACACUACAAUUUUCUUCACUUGCCACGCUGUCUCGUGAAAAAAAAAAUUAUGUGAUUAGAUUGUUAACGUAACUAGAACAAGAUGUAGCUCAAAGCAGCCUCAACUCAUUUUGUCAGAAAUUCACGCUUGCCAUACAAGUUGAAAUAUCUUUCCAAUUGUCUGUGAACUUCAGAGCUAUAACGAUUUGACACUAACUUUGGUUAAAGGUAAGUAUAAACGCAUUCUAGUAGUAGUCAUCACUCCUGCUCGAGAGUACAUAUUCUGGUUAACGCGACACGCCUUCAUCUCACAGGCUUCUUCUCUGGCAAGCUCUCAUUGGCUAUUGCUGAUCACUGUUCUCAAAACUUGGCGUUGCACAUCUCACACUACAAGUGCAUUGCAGAUUUGUGCAAAUAAAAUUAAACGUUUGAAAACAUCGGGAUGGCUCAAAUGUGGGAUCGGUAUCACUAGCCCUCAGACGGCCGCGCUCCCGAGUCGGCAACGACAUGGGGAUUUUGUCUCUCAAAAACUUGUCUUGGACAGCUAAAUCGCACCAAAAUCAUGUAGUGUGCGCCCAGCUUUAAAGUUGCAAUCUGCAAUUUCCUGAUUGUUAAACUGAAAUUAGGCAAACUAUUAGAAUUGUAUGUGACAAAACAAGCAAUGCAUAGUGUAGAGAAUCAUUGUACCAUCUAAACCACUGUGAAAUAUAUUUUACAUAACCAAAUAUAUUGUAUUUUCAGCACUUUGAAGCUGGUGAACGGAUGCGUAGAAAUAGCGCACAUAGAGCAGAUCUACCGCAAGUCACCGCUUCUUAGACUUGCUUUCAAUGAGAAUGACCGAUCUAUAUCUCACCUUUCUAUGUGAAUUUGGUCGGGUCGCCCAAAAAGUUAUAUAUUGCAGCUUAAAGAAAUGAGUUUGCAAAUGAAAUGUGUGAACUAGAGUUAUAACUGUUACAAGGGCUAAGAUGAGCUGUUUACAGUGUUACUAAAAAUAACAAUUUGCAAUAAAGAUGUUUUUGAUUGGGGUUCUAAUCUAAUUCUGUGUAUGCCACCAAAUAGAAAUACUGAUGCUGUAGGGUGGCCCAGCCCACAAAGUGACCCUUAUCAACUGUAUGCAUGGAUUCCUCUGAGUUGUCUUGGAAAUGCUGCGUUUUCUCGCCAACCCCCAUUCUGUCACACCUCUGGGUAGCAGAGGUUCUAUUGUGAUAACUUCCACUCAGACAUCAGACCUUACAGGAUGUUAACUCAAAAGUAAUGCAAUUGGUCAACCACUCAGAUUUUGAAUCCAACUAACUCAGAUGCUUAUAAAACAGUCUCAGAUUCAUUGACUCUCUCUCUCUCUCUUUGCUCCUGACCUGCGCUGUUGAGACUCUCUCACUCCCAUGAGCUAUGGUCCGUGGCUCUUAUUUUGUUUUUCUCUCGUUAGAAUAAUGCCUUGCAGUGCUUGUUAAUGCUUUCUAACUUGAGCAUAAUGUAGUCGUUAAUUUCACAAUGUGAUUAAAUCCGUUUUGCCUUUGA